AUGGCAGGUAGCUCAGGGCCCGACCGCAAGCGCGCGCGCUCAAAUUCCAGAUCAACUUCGCGCUCACCACCUCGCCAGCGCAAGCGUCCCGGUGCUGGUGCACGUCUGACCGCCGCUGACCGAGAAGCCGCGCGCAGGCGUCAGCAAGAACGAGAACAAGAGGCGCAGCAGAGAGCCCAGCGCGAGGCUGCGCAACGAGGCGUUCACGAUGUGGUCAAGCAGCACUACAACAUGGUGCCUGAGCGCGGCCGUGAGUUUCGCAAGACAGACAGCAAGAUCAAGGGACUGCGCAGCUUCAAUAACUGGGUCAAGUCGUCUACCAUACAAAAGUUCAUUGGCGAUGAGCGCAACCUGAGGAUUCUCGACAUUGGCUGUGGAAAGGGAGGAGAUCUACAGAAGUGGCAGGCGUCGAGGAAGGUUGAGCUCUAUGUGGGCUGUGAUCCUGCAGAUGUCUCAAUCAAGCAGGCCAAAGACCGAUACGCCGAGAUGCAGCGCAAGUCGCGCCGCAUAUUCCACGCCGAGUUCUACGCAAAGGACUGCUUCGGCGAGUGGUUAGGAGACAUACCCAUCAUCAAGGAGGUUGGCAUUGAUCCUGCGGCGGGACCUGGCAAUGCCAUGAGCCAGCGCUGGGGAGGCGGAGGUUGGGACAUGGUCACGAUGAUGUUCUGCAUGCACUACGCCUUCGAGAGCGAGGAGAAGGCCAAGGGCAUGCUCAGGAACGUGUCUGGCGCGCUCAAGAAGGGUGGCCGCUUUAUUGGCUGCAUUCCCAACUCGGACGUCCUCACUCAGAAAGUCAUCGAGCACCACAAGGCUCGAGGCACCGCGCCUGCCGAGACUGCCGGAGCGGACGACGACGAAGACGACCGACCGACUUUCGCGAGCGACGACGAGGACGACUGGGACCCGGAAAAGAGUCUUGACAGCCCGAAGCCUGGCGAUACCGAACAUGACGAGGGCAAAGCGGACGGCGAGUCAAAGGACAAGGCCAAGGAACCGAAGAAGGAUGACGAGGAGGAUGGAGAAGUUGAAGAGGAAGGCUUCAGAUUCGGCAACAGCAUCUACAGCGUCCGCUUCCCUGGCAAGACACCGCCUGAUGGCACAUUCCGACCGCCCUAUGGCUGGAAAUACUUCUACUUUCUCGAGGAAGCUGUCGAAGCCCCCGAGUACGUCGUACCUUGGGAAGCUUUCCGUGCAUUGGCAGAAGACUACAACCUCGAGCUGCAGUAUCGCAAGCCGUUCCGUGAGGUAUGGGACGAGCAGAAGGAUGAUCCAGAACUUGGCCCAUUGAGCGAGCGCAUGGGCGUUCGGGAUAGGGCGACGGGCCGUCUGCUGUCAACAGAGGAGGAUCUGGAGGCUGCGGACUUUUACCAUACUUUCUGCUUCUACAAGGUCUGA